GAGCUCCCCGAGGUCCUCGUCCUGCGGUCGCUCCUCGGUUUGGAAAGCGCACCCGGGAGCUGCCCGUCGGGACCAUGCGCUGCCGCGAGCUGCCGCUCGUCCUGCUGGCGCUGCUCCUCUGCCAGGCGCCCCGGGCCCCCGCCGCGCCGGUGCGGGCGGCCGGAGAGACCGCGCUGGCCAAGAUGUACCCGCGCGGCAACCACUGGGCGGUGGGGCACCUAAUGGGGAAAAAGAGCACAGGAGAGUCCCCAUAUGUUUACGAGGGAGGGAGCCCGAAGUACCAGCUGCGGCAGCACAUCCUGUGGGAAGAAGCUGCAAGGACUCUGCUAGGCCUCAUGGAAGGAAAGGGGACCGGAAGCCACCAGUCACCUCCACAGGCACCCCUGGGUAUUCUCCAGUCUACUCCGGAUUCCGAUUCCGAGGAUAGCAGCAAUUUUUCAGAUGUAUUCAAGACUCAAAGAUAG